GGAGCGCGCGCGGGCCGGCGGGGCCAUGGGGAACCUGUUCGGUCGGAAGCGGCGGAGCCGCGUCACGGAGCAGGACAAGGCGGUGCUGCAACUGAAACAGCAGCGGGAUAAACUGAAGCAAUAUCAGAAACGGAUAACUCUGAAUCUGGAAAGAGAGAGAUCUGUAGCCUGGCAGCUGCUGAGAGAUGGCAAGAAAGAAAAAGCCAAGUUAUUGCUAAAGAAGAAGCGCUACCAAGAGCAGCUGCUAGAUAAAACAGAAAACCAGAUCAGCAACCUGGAACGCAUGGUCCAGGAUAUUGAAUUCACCCAGAUUGAAAUGAAGGUGAUUGAAGGCCUGAAAAUUGGCAAUGAAUGUCUGAAUAAAAUGCAUGAGGUCAUGUCAAUAGAAGAAGUGGAAAGAAUAAUAGAUGAAACCCAAGAUGCUGUGGAAUAUCAAAGGCAAAUUGAUGAAAUGUUGGCUGGCAGCUUCACCGAAGAAGAUGAAGAUGCCAUUUUAGAAGAAUUAAAUGCCAUUACUCAGGAACAGCGCGAGCUCCCUGAAGUUCCAACUGAGCCACUCCCGGAAAAGAUCCCAGAAGCAUCACCUGUCAAGAUCAGGGCCAAGCCAGAACUGGUGGCAGCAUCUUAAUUCCACUCCUGGGGACAACCCCAAAUACCUUCCAUCAUGGACAGUUUGGAAUCCCAGCAUGCCCUGGGAACAGGAAACACCUCAGUAGCAUCCCAGCUGCGCUGGGCGAAUGUGCUGGAGUGAGGUUUCCUGCGCAGGGCAGGAAAUCUCAGCAGAUUAUUGCUCUUGUAUCAAGAUUAUUUUCUAGUGCUUUCUUUUUGUAAUUUAAAUUCUAAACUCACUCAGCUGCUCUGUCUCUGGAUUAAACAGGGACUUUAAAACUUCCAAAGCCAAAUGCUUUCUACAGGCUGCUUUCAAGUGCAAAUCUGCCUGUGCAACCAGCACUGCCAUUACUGAUCUGUUAGAAGUCCAUGUGCUGGUCUUGGAACACUGGAGUGAUAAAAAUGGUUUUUGUAGUCACUAUGUUACACUGCACUGCUAGGAACCCAUCAGACCUUCCCUUUCGCUGUGAUCCUGUGUCUCUCUGAUCUUCCUCCUCUGGCUUGGGCUCCGCUGUCUAAAUCAGACUGCCUGGCUUGGCACUGGGAUCUGAGAGCUCGCUCUAGGGCAUGGGCAACGUGCAGCCAAAUUGAGCACAAGCAUCACUUCUGACCUGCAGGCAGUGACACUGUGGGUAGCAACAGCCUCUCUGCUGAAGGAGAAGCCUUUAGGGGUGAGGAGAAAAGUUUUACUACUUCAAAUCUCUUGCAGCUCAAGCACCCUUGAGUGAGGCGUAGUGAAGCUGUUAUGCCGCUGGGCCUGGCACAAAAGUGGGUUUGGUGAGGCUGCCAGCAGAGAACUUCCUCCCGUUGACUCUCAUUUUAAAACUUGCUUAUUUGGGAGGCCAACACUCUUCUGGGCUGGGAUCUCUGUGCGCUCGACAGGGCAAUUGGCCUGAUUUACAAUAGGCCGCAACAGCACUCGUGAGAGAAAAGUUGCUCUGCAGUGAGAUGGAAGAGGCCGUCUCCUACCAGGCCACGAGUCAGAAUGUGUCCUGGUCAGACCUCGCACUGUUGCCCAUUUACCUGUGGAAACCUGUGGUGCUAGAUGUGACUGAGCAGAAUGUAAGUUCUAGGAAUCUGAUGGGCCUCUUAAAACUAGAACAGGGACUCACUGGGUUAGGAUACUGUUCAAAAGCUGUCCCCUGGCGGCUCUGCUCCCCACCAGAGGUGGACUCAUCUUUACAAGAUGCAGAUGGAUUGAAAUGGCUUCUGCUUUCAGAUAUCAGCACUCCCCAUUCUGUGUGUCGUGUGUGUGUGUGUGUGUGUGUGUGUGUGUGUAAAGCGUGAGUGGGUAUGAACAGGUGAUUGAUUCUGUAUAUGGGAACAAAGUGUGUGCUUUCUUAAAUUAUCACCACAAAGAUCCUGUAUACUUUUAUUUCCACAUUUGCAAAGAGAAGUUAAAUGUAUGAUUUCACUGAGCUGCAGAGGACAGCUCUGAACUCCCCCAUGGUGCAGAAGGAUACAGGACAGGGUGGCUGAUGAAUCAGACAGAAUGCUGAGGCCCAGGCUGCAAAGCCUGAAUGGUGCUUACUCUCUGUCCUGAACUGACCUUGUGUUCACAGAAACUUUGUCCCUGGGCUGGUAGGUUGCAUCUGGGUUUAUCUGUCCUUGGAAACCAGUAUGCUCGGCUGGAUGUCUGCAGCCUCGGCUAGUCAGCCUGAGCAGUGCCUGCAACCAACAUACUGUCCCUUGCUUGAAGACACACCCUUCAAUUCACCCUCUCUGCAAUGGGGUGCUGAGAUGUAAGAUAGCCAGAGAGCUCUUUGGUGCUGUUAGGUGAAUGCUUCUGGGGGAAUAUGCAACUUGGUGCUUGAUAAUAAAUAUUCUCAGAGGCUGUGCCGCUUUCCAGUAGCGAAGGGCCAACAGCAAAAGUACUCCUUUAAAAUCAUGUUUUCCCUGAUUCUAUGUGGGGGAAACUCCAAGGGCUGGGCUCUGAGCUGUCUCACUUGUGCAAGAGAUGAGAGUCCCCUUGGUGGCAGGCCCCUUGGAACUUGAUAUGUUCAGGCUUUUAGCAGAGGAUCCCUAUUUGUGUUUUCCAGCAAAGCCAAGGCACAAAUGGUGCUGGGAGAUCCCUCACCCUCACAGCAGCCUGAGCCCUCCGGGGGACUCUGCUUUUCAUGGUGAAAGUGGCACUGCUGUUACGUGUUAUUUAACCCAGCUCUUUCUGGAGCCAACAGAUCAGGGCUAACAUGUUCCCCUUUCUGUGUGUGUUAUCUUAGUCCUCUCUGGAGCCACCAGGGAACUGGCCCUUAAGCCUGGCUUUGACAGGCAAGAGCUAAAGUGGGUGAGUCAGGUCUUUAAACCCCCCCCCGCCCCAUUUAUUUUAAAAGUAGACUUUGUUGCCGGUUCAAGCCUUUGAAUGUUGUGCAGUGUGCGUGUUUUCAGGGUUGUCCCCAUGUUGGUCCUGGGAUAUGAGACACAAGGUGCGUGAGGGAAUCUCUCUUUUAUUGGACCAACUUCAAGUGGUGAGAGAGAUGGUUUUGAGCCAGACAGUGCUCUUGUUGAGGUCUGGGAGCAGUACUCCGAGUGUCACAGCUAAGUCCAAGGUGGAAGAGAUGGUUUAGCAUAAGCAGUUAACACGUUGAGAGACCAUUCAAAGGUGUUAGCAGGCCAGGUCACUUUGAGUUGUCUCUUACAAUAUGUUUAGCAUAAGCAGUUAUCUGUUCCACCUUGUAUCUAGCCGUGAUCUCCAAGUACCUUUCCCAGACCUGAAGAAGAGGUCAGUGUAAGCUUGAAAUCGUCUCUCUCACCACCAGAUCUGGUCCAAUAAAACAGUGGUUCUCUUCUUUCAUUUGGGGACCCCUAAGUGUUUUUUGAAUGGGUUGCAGACCCCUUUGGAAAUCUGUGGUUGAAUUCUGGUCAGUCAGUUUUCAGUCUGUCUUUUGCAGUCCCCUUAGACAUUGUCCAUGGACCCCCUCAGGGUCCGCAGAGCACAGGUUGAGACCCUCUACACUAAGACUCUCAUGCACCUUGUGUCUGCAAUAUGCACGUUCUCCACCAGAGGGAGCUCUGUCCUCACAAGCUCAGUGUGUGUGUUUUGAACACAAUCUGUAUGUAUCAUUUAAUCUAACUAGUGCCCUCUGUCAGCUACUCUCAUUUCACCCUAGCGGACUCCUUCUGUCCAUUUGGAGUAGAUGCUGGACUGUGGCAAUGGAGAAGAGUGCAAGGCCUUUCCUAAUGGUGCAGUGCUUUUCCCCUUCAGUAUUGUGAGCAUGCGCUGUCAGGCAGGGCUAUCACUUAUCACUGUGUCAGGAGAGGUGGAAACACACUUCUGCUCUAACUCUGGGCUUUAGUGAAUGUCGUGCUAACAAAGGCCGUGCAAGCCAGGCUUAGGGGAGUUAGCACUCUUGCAGUGUCAGGUGCACUGAAGUGCCAGGCAGGGACCUAAAUGUUCUGCUAUCAUCUGUGGUCUUUUGCUUGUGACCCUUUUUUGGGUUCAUAUCCCAGACAGGCAGUUGGGUUAGCACUGAAGGGGUUAAUGCAGCAUGCCGCGUUCAUGACCACUUCCUGAUCUGCCAACCCUUUCCUGCUUUAAUCCUUGUCUCCAACAGCUCCUGCUGCCUGUCUCCUUGGGAGGAAAAGCCAGGAGGGGUGUGGUGGUGUUAUAACAAUAAAGUAUUUAUAAUAGUUUCACCAA